ACUCGCUCCAGCACACAGGAGGUCUACAAGAUACUGAUUUUUUUGUCUGUCAACCAACGUCAGUUUUCAGUAGACACAACAUAAACACUGCCAUAUUGUUUAUUAUACACAUAGGACAGGGCUGUUUCUUUAAAAGAGGCUCCACUGUCCUACUUAACGGAGACUGUGUCGGUUGGAUGUGACCAGCAGGGAGCUGCACUGCCUGGAAUAAAUAAGGCAUUCCUACCCAUCCCUCUGUCCAUCCCCUCCCUCCCUCCUCUCCUCUUGGGGCUGUAUGGACCCUUGAGAGCCCUUCCCUCCCACUCUUCCCCACCACUGCUACCCACUUCUUACUCCCCUGCCCUCUGAGAUUUUGCUGCUGCUCUUUAUGUUGCUGAGAGGCGAUGCUCAGAUGAUCCAGUGGGCCAUCUUGCACAACAUCGUCGGUACAGCCCAAGACAGUGAAGACUAACAACAGAGAGUGUGACAGAGCUCUUGGAGGGGCUGCGAGUACCCUGUGAGGCCCACCCGCACCCCAAGCCUGGCAGAAAGCUCGGCUUGCCCCCUCAUUCCUUCAGACUCUGAGAUGCCCUCUCCUCACAAUGAACGAGAGGAUCAAGGAGCGUCCCCCGUGAACGGGCCAUCUGUGGGCUCCUACCAGAGCAGUGGGAAGAGGAAGGUGCGCACCAAAAAGAAGAAAGGCACCAUCACCGCCAACAUCACUGGCACCAAAUAUGAGAUUGUUCGUAUAGUAAUCAACGAGGUGGACUACAUCAAGACCCGGGAAGAUGAUGAGACUGCCAACCUCAUCUGGAAUGACUCGGCCGUGCAGCAUGAGAGAAUCGCUGAGCUCAGGAAUUAUCAGAGAAUUAACCAUUUCCCUGGCAUGGGCGAAAUCUGCCGGAAAGACUGCCUUGCAAGAAACAUGUCCAAAAUGAUCAAGUGCCAGGCUCCCGAGUACAGCUUCAUACCCAAAACCUGGAUCUUCCCCGCCGAGUACACUCAGUUCCAGAAUUAUGUCAAGGAGCUUCGCAGGAAACGCAAGCAGAAGACCUUCAUCGUCAAACCCGCCAACGGAGCCAUGGGUCACGGGAUCUCACUUAUCCGUAACUGUGAGAAGCUGCCAGCCCAGGAGCACUUCAUCGUUCAGGAGUACCUGGACAAGCCCUUCCUGAUGGAGGGCUACAAGUUUGACCUGCGCAUCUACAUCCUCGUCACUUCCUGCGACCCACUCCGCAUUUUUCUCUACAAUGAUGGCCUUGUUCGCAUGGGCACAGAGAAGUACCAUGCACCCAGUGAGGCUAACCUGAGCCAGCUCUACAUGCAUCUGACCAACUACUCAGUCAACAAACACAACGAGAACUUCGAGCGAGACGAGACGGUGGACAAAGGCAGUAAGAGGUCCAUCAGCUGGUUCAACGAGUUCCUCCGCGCCAACGACUACGACAUGGCCAAGUUCUGGGGAGACGUCUCUGAGCUGGUGGUGAAGACCAUAAUAGUGGCAGAGCCCCACGUGCUGCAUGCCUAUCGCAUGUGUCGCCCCGGCCAGCCACCAGGGAGCGACAGUGUCUGCUUUGAGGUCCUGGGCUUCGACAUCAUCCUGGACCGCAAACUCAAACCCUGGCUACUGGAGAUCAAUCGAGCUCCGAGCUUUGGGACCGAUCAGAAGAUUGAUUACGACGUGAAGAAAGGGGUGCUGCUCGAUGCUCUGAAACUCCUCAACAUUCGAGCCAGUGAUAAGAAACGCAACCUGGCCCAGCAGAAAGCAGAGGCUCAGCGGCGGCUCUAUGGACACGGCUCCAUGAAGAAACUCUCGGCUGCUUCCUCGGACUGGGAGAAACAACGGCACACACUGGAGCGCAGGAGAGAGGAGCUGAAAGAGCGACUGGCACAGGUCCGCAAGCAGAUCUCCAGGGAAGAGCAUGAAAAGCAACAUCUGGGGAACUACAGACGUAUUUACCCCCCAGACGACAAGCUGCUGUUGGAGAAGUAUGAAAGCCUGCUCUCGGCCGCCUUUCAGACCUUCCUCGCCGGGCGAGCUGCCUCACUUCAAAAGGAAAUGAAUAAUCCUCUGAAACGAAUGAAGGAGGAGGACAUCUUGGAUCUGCUGGAGCAGUGCGAACUGGACGAUGAAAAGCUGAUGGGCAAAACCUCCAGGCAACGAGGCCCGAAGCCAAUGACGGCCAUGCCAGAGAGCAGUCAGACUCCAAGACGUCAGCGACCUGACUACCUGGCUGACUUCACCAGUGGCAGCAGCGGUGAUAACUCCUGCUCCUCCUCGGACGAAGAAGAAGAGGACACGAGGAAAGCAGGAAGAGGAGAGAAGAGGGAGAAGAAAGUUUCUUACGACCUCGGAGAGAGCAAGGAGAAGAACUUGUCUGAGCGCUCAGGUCGCAUGCACUGGAAACCUCCAAUCAAGUCACUCAAAACCAGCCCCGCCCCCUCAGCUUCCCCAACACUUUCUGGACCAAUCAGGCGCUCCAUCUCUUGCCCUCGCUCCAUUGCCUCCCUCUCGUCGCCCAAUGAGGUGCGGGCAUUGUCCUCCAGGCCGUCUCCCUCAGUUCCCAUGGCCACCCCCCUCGUAAGGCCGAGCUCCGCCACGCUGCGCUCUCACUCGCUGAGCCGCAGUGGCUCCGCCCACCGCGUCCCUCACAGCAACAGCCUGGGGACCAUCCACUCCAACAUCGGUGAUCCGCUGAUAAACCUGAGGAGUAAAGAGCAGGAGGCCGAACUGGUGCGUCAGACCCUGGCCGCGCUCACCGCCAUGAGGAUCAGGUUUCCGGGAAAAACCGAGGACGAGGCUGAGGCUGUGCUGGAUGAGAUGCUCGACAACUGGAAAUACCAUAAGUCAAAGGUGGCCUCCUAUUGGCUUGUGAAGCUGGACUCUACUAAACAACGGAAGGUGUUGGAUAUUGUACGUACCAAUGUUCGCUCAGCGCUGCAGCGGAUCUGGAGGGAGCCUGACGUAGACAGUCUCCACCUCUACCGGCUCUUUAACCGCGUCUUCAACCGGCUGCUGUGGAGUCACGGACAGGGCCUGUGGAACUGCUUCUCAAACACCGGUUCAUCGUGGGAGUCCAUGUUCAGUAAGAGCAGCGAGGUGGUUUCCCCGCAGGAGCUGCAGUGCUGCCGCCGGCUGGUCCAGCUGUGCAGAGACUGCCUGUUAGUCGUCUUCAAGUUUGUCUCAGAGUCCCGCGGCUCUUUGACCGGACUCAGCCCCGAAUGGGACGACACCAGGUACUGGAACGCUGUUAGCAGGAGCUGCCUCACUGCUCUGUCUCGGUGGAAGGUGUCAUAGAAAAGUCUUAGAAAGGUACUGACGCCUAUGCCACGGAAUGAUAGGUAUCUGCUGCCAGUGACCUCUCAGUUCAUCAUGAAGUGGCCUUCGUCCAACUUUGGCCGCAUCUCCUCAGCCAGGCUACGCUCACGCAGCCUUUUCGCCGCCAGGAUGGGCCACUUCUGAAGUCACCAUGGCAACUCUGGCUUUCGACACCUCGCCUUUUGACCUCAACCCCUCUCCCCUGACUCUCACCCAACCACUCCGAUCUCAGCAAGUCUGGCGCCACAACCUGGGCCUAAAUCCUUGUAAGAUCAACAACGAAAAGCCGGAUGAUUUGGGAUUUCUUAAGGGCCUUGUUCAGUUUAGACUUAGACCUAGACCAGCAGACCAUCCGUACCCACCGACCCCAGUUACACCAGACAAUGGGUUUCCCCUCUUAUCUCAUUGUAAUUGCUGUAUUAUACUUACUCAAUGUACAGUUACAAGUCAUGGUACUGUAAAAGAAAAGAAUUACAACUACUAAACAAUGCAAGAAUGAUUUAUUUAUGUACUUACUUAUUUUGUAAGGUAUUCCAUGAAUGCAGUGAAUGCUGGCGCAGAAUGCAUAUGGAAUGAUAAACAAAACUAUCCCUUUUUUGAUAAAGUGGAUUAAAAAAAAAGAAGCUUAUUUUUGCUGGCUGUAAUAAGUUAUAUUAUGUAAGAUUUUUAUUUAUUUAAUAACUUAUAUCAGAGGCUUUAUGUUUCAACAGUCACUUUAUGUUUCAGUUUUUACAGUCGAGGUGGUGCCCAGGGAACUGUGUAACUUUUGAAUGCUAACGCUUCAUGUUUUACCUGUGUGAUAUUAAGGGCAGCACUGUAAAGCAACGCAAAGUUAAGAAUGUCAAUCUAGUAAAGCCAAGCCUCUUUGUCUCGUAGAGUGAGAGCUGAAUAUGACGCCACAGCGCAAAGAGCCAAAUGCCAAGAGAGCACCCAGUUCCUAAUAUGCACUUUGCAGUAUGUCACAGAAAGAAGAAGUUGGUGCACAUUGCAGUAGUGUUUGCAUGCCUAGAUUUUAGUCCCUUGGCCGGAUGUAGUGGUUAGAAGAGCUGCGUUUGGAAUCUACUUGAAGUUUUGCGUUGUCAUCAUUACUAAUAAUUAUGUCUUUGUAUCGCCCUCACUCAGCAGGAGACACUUUUAGAUUUGUCGUGUGGAGUACAGAUGUGUAGAAGAUAAUAAAGGAUGUGUUGCAUCACUUGCAGAUUGAGCAGCACGUUGAAUGGCUCAUAAGCCCAAAUGUUAUGUACUGUAACCACAGUGAUUUGCCUGGGAGAAGCAGCUGCAGCCUUUUUCCCCCCCGCACCGCACUGUAGGUACAAGUGCCAGGGAGAUUGUUGAUGUGCCAAUAAUAACACAUCUACUUCAUGUGUUCAGUUGGGUUUUAUUUAAUGUUAAUAUAUCAUAAAACUACUGUAGGACCUCAGUUAAGUACAGUAUUUAAUGUGAAUAGGGAGAAACGCAGUGUUAUAUGAUUUGUAGUUUACUUGGCUUUGUGUACUCCCCCCCCCCCUUUGAUAAUAGACCUUUAAAGAUAAUAUUUAAAGAUGCGUUCGAUAACCCUGGCUAACAAGUGUAGCAGCAAUGCUACGCUCAAUCUACUCAACCGUCCCCAUACACUGAACAUCACAAUGCCAAAUGUCUUUGUUUGCCUGAUUUUAUUUCUGUAAGAUAUUAAGUCUUUUUUUCAUUG